UGCACACAAGCUCAUUCAUGUGGAUGGAUGGGGUGGUGUGCUCUAAAGAAAGAGAUGACUCAAGAAUGAGCUCUGCUGGAUCAUUUCUCCAAAAGAUCAUGGUUCAAUACUGAAAGCUCCCAUUGAACUCUGAAAGUUGAGACACCAGGUGUUAAUCUUUUGAACCCAGGGAUACUCAGUUCUAAUGAGCUCUCUCAUUAAGCCUUCUUUGAUGAUUACAGAAUGACUGAAGAUUUAAAAGACAAUGGGCUGUACGUACCUUGAGGGCAUUUUGUGUGUGGAGACAUGUUACCUGCUAUGGCAUCGGAGAGUGAAAAAGCCCAUGCCCUACUGCAGUCGUUCAGCACAGCAUCUGCUAUUUCAAGCCUAGGAUUGGGGAUUUUCUGCUUUGUUGCAGAUAAGCUUUUACAGUUUUCUUUCAUUCAACAAAAUGACUGGCUGCGGGCACUCUCUGAUAACACUGUGCAUGGUGUUGUGGGAUUGUGGUCUUGGGCAAUAGUAAUUGGACUCAAGAAGAAGAGUGACUUUACAGAAGUGAUGUUAGCAGGCUUCCUCUCAUCUGUGAUUGACGUGGAUCAUUUUAUUUUAGCUGGCUCCCUUUCUCUAAAGGCUGCCUUUACUCUUCCACGAAGACCAUUCCUUCACUGUUCUACUGUGAUCCCUGUUGCAUGUCUGAUGUUAAAACUUAUAAUGCAUCUUUUUAAGCUGAAGGACUCCUGGUGCUUUCUUCCCUGGAUGCUCUUUAUAUCCUGGACUUCACAUCAUGUUAGAGAUGGAAUUCGUCACGGCCUGUGGAUCUGCCCAUUUGGAAAGACUGUUCCUUUGCCCUAUUGGCUUUAUGUGGCAAUCACAGCUUCUUUACCUCAUCUCUGUUCUUUCAUUAUGUAUUUAACUGGAACAAGAGAACUGAUGUUGAUCAAACAUGGGUUUCACAUUGACGUCUAAGGAUAGAGUAGGUAGUUGUGUUUCUGUCACUGAAAUAAUUCCCUUGUGCUUUCUGACAUAGUGUCAGUUCUGACAUAACUGACAAGUUACAGCUUUAUAGCUGCAGUACUGUUUCCCUGAAAACACUUUUGCACAAAGUAAUGUGAUCUGUUAAUGUCCAAACAAUCUCUUUAUUUGUAUCUCUUUCUGUAGAUUUCUUUUCAAUUGUUUUAUUCAUAAACUGGUUAUGUAUUCUGUAACAAAUCAGUUGCUGCCAAAUGGAGGGCCCCUUCUUUUGCCAUUUCAUAUUUACUGUUUAUCCACAGCUCAUCAAUUCUGGUUUCAGAAAGUAGAAAAAAAAGUGUCUCCCUUCCCAGCUUCUAAAUAACCUAAAGAAAGUUAAACAGCUGAGAACAGAGAUCGCCACUGUGCGGGGUGAGGAGACACUUUUCCUGGGGGCAGAAGAAUCUAGUGUAGACAUCUUCCACCACAGUGCAGACUUGUCUUGGAACAAGUAAAGGAUUGAAUAGAAAACAGAAAAAGGUAUCAACAGUUUCUAAUUACUAAUUACUUUUCAUAAUGGUCCCCUAGUUCUGUGUCCUUUAUGAAAUAACUUUAUUCCUAGUCAUUCUUUGCUGUUAAUAUUUGUCUUCUGAGCAUUAUAUUUUCCUCAUUUAGUUUAUAUAUAUAUGGCACUUUGAUGGUAAAGCAUCAAACUGCUACGGACAAAUAAAUAUUCAACACUGCAUAUUGCUUGGAUAAAUCCAAAAGCAGUGAUUUUGCACUUCAGUUAGCAGUUAGCAAAGCCUUGAAAGCAAAGGUAGCUCCCUAAAGGAGAUACGUAACGUUUUGUGGACUGUCUGUAGGGAGAACAUAAGGCGGAAAUAUGCCUGGCAACUAGGCUAGAGAUAGGCACGAACCACUGGUUCAUCCCUCAGUCCAACAAGUGUUCUACAGUUCCGAGCACUGCCUCCUUCAGCAGGCACCCACUCAGAAGCAGUGGCCCAGGUUCCCUGCCUUGCCUCCUCCAGGCCUUGAGUGGAUGCCUGCUGGAGGAGGCAGGGCUGAGAACCAGAGAACACGUCUUGGACCAACAGACAAAUCGCCAAAUUGGCAGUGUGUCCAUCUUUAAACAAGACUCAAUAGCAGAUCAAGUGUUGGAGGGGUUGCCAGUUACAGAGAUCUUACAUUUGUAGUACUUGAAACAGUAGAAACACCAUCUGAUGUUAGAGUUAAGCAGUCCAAAAUGUACAGAAUUGCCAGGUAUCCUCUCAUAGAACAUGUAUGAACUUACCUCUGUAAGAAAUUGUUGAAUCAUGGCAGUAGUGUAUCUUAAGGUAGAUUGGGUUGAGUAUAUCACACAAAGCUAUUCACAAGGGGAAUUUUAUUGAACACACAGAUAUAGCAAAAUUCAACAAUAAAUUAUAUAAUUCACUAUGGGGAAAUAUAUUCAUAAGAGGCAAAUUUGCAUAGUUUAGAGGGUUCUGAGAUUUGGGCUGCUCUGCAAAGAUCUACAGUACCUUAGCAGACUAUUUGCCGAUGUGCUACAAGGAUAUGAAGAAGACAGAAAGGGAGAAAGGAUCUUUCCCAAAACCACACACACACAGAAAGAAAAGUGGGAGGUCGAUUGGGGAACCACCAGUGUCUGGGGAAAAUACACAAGAUGGAUUAGGGAGACAAAGAUUACCUCUCCUGCUUAGUCUCAUUAGAGUGUCUUUGGGCUGGAGAACAUUGAAACUCCAGCUGGAACAAAGUAAGGGGAUUCUUGGGCAAGGAUCACAAGAGAGGGCAAACUAACUGAGGUCCUAGGCCAGAGACUAGGAAUUCAGGAGUGUCAUCUAGGCUAGCAGAUAUUCUGGCUAAAUUCUGAAUUGUGGGGAGCUAAGACUGAUUUCAGCUAAAUGAAAUCAGCACAAAGAGGCUUGGCAUGUUUCAGGCAAAGGCUCAGUAAGAAGAUUCACCCCAAAACUUUCCCUCCAAAGCACCGGAGUAUGAGUACUCUAUGUCUUUUUAAUCUGUUUUCUGACUAGUAAAAAGCAAAGCAUGCUGCUUAUAUACCA